ACAGCACUACUACUUGAUAUUAUAGCUAUAGAUGGUGCACAUGGACCCGUUAUCUUAUCUCCUCUGGUUUCUCGACAUCGUUAUGGACGUCAUGAACGGAAGCAACUCGAAACACAACACUUGAAAGGGUUUACUCGCUUACAACGACACCAGAACUGUCGUACCCACCUCGUCUUCAGUGCUCCCCAUGACUAUCACCACUCCCAUCUCCACUCCAACACCAUCGAGGGACAUCCCCAAAUUAGGGAACUUGCCCGUCAUCAGCAUUACCCCCUUUCUGAGCAAGGAAGAUAGCCAUGGACGUCUUUCGACUGCUGCAAAGAUUCAUGCGGCAUGUCUAGAAUACGGGUUCUUUUACCUUGACAUCUGCAGCUAUGUAGACCCUUCUGAGCCGGAGGAGCUUACUCGAUUAGCACGAGAAUUCUUCGCGCUCCCUGAGGAGCAAAAGGGACAGAUCUCGUUGAAACAUCAAGAUCAUGCGAGAGGAUACGCCAAGAUGAGAGAAAACGUCACCAAUGGCAAGGCAGACAACCAUGAAGGGAUAGACUUCUAUCGACCCGUAGAGAACCCCGAUAAGACGAAACCUCUAUGGGGAGAGAAUCAGUGGCCCACUAUUCCUGGCUUUCGCGAAAAGUAUGAGAUUUGGAUUGAGAAGAUGAAGAAUCUGGGGAUGCUUGUCAUGGAAGCGAUGGCUCUUGGACUUGGUAUGAGUUCUGAUGAAUGGGAAGACCUUAAAGGAAAGGUCGAUGAUAGUUUCUGGGUAAUGCGUGUCAUUGGGUACCCACCUCUACCGAAUGAUUAUGAUGGCUUUUCAUGUGGGGCGCAUAAGGACUACGGCUGUCUAACCUUCCUAUAUACUGAUCCGACACCUGGCGCCCUGCAAGUGUUUCUCCAAGAAAAAGGUCUUCUCGUCGAGACGAGUGACGAGGGGCCUGUACCUGAAGAAGGUGUCGAGGAAGGUUCGUGGAUUAAUGCCGACCCCGUACCGGGCUGCAUAGUUUGCAAUAUCGGCGAAAUGUGGGAGAUCUGGACGAAUGGUCUCUACAAGAGCACAUUACACCGAGUUGUUCAUCGAGGAACGAAUUAUCGCGUAUCGAUACCGUUCUUUUUUGAACCGAACUUCGACGCACUCGUCAAGCCGCUCCCUGCUGCUUUACGUAUCAUUGAUGGUCAUCCAGAAUGCAAACGCAAACACCUAACCGGUGAAAAGACGUACGAACCUGUUGUAUAUGGAGAGUUCCUCAUGAACAAGGUCGGGAACAACUUCGAUACUGACGGGGGCAAAUAUAAUUGAGGGUCGCAAAGUAUGUUUGGCACUUUCGUGAGGGUACUUGACGCUACUACGACCUAAUAACUUACAAGUUCAUUAGGUGUUUUUAUGAAGUGGUCAUCGACUUCCAAGUUAUCUGUGUAUGAUUAUCUCGCCCUGCUUAUUCUUUCGGUCUUGGGUUGUAUGUAGUUUAGUUGUUGUAUCAUUAUAUUCUCAGUCUGUAUCUUGUAAAGUAGCAUAUGUAGGAUAAGUUUUUGUAUGAAGGUUGAAGUGUUAUGUCGCAAAUCAAGGAAAAAGCAAUGUACUCAUCUUACUUUUGGUCACAUCAAAUGACCUUGACUCGAUCG